GACGCACUGGCUUGCACCUGGCUCCCGGCGGCCGAAGGAGUAGGCUUCGUCUGCCUCAAUUGCUGCGAGGUGCUGGCCCGCGGCCGGGAAUCGGGACAGGAGCGGGCCUGACUGGGGGCCACUUAGACAGACUGGAGGGGGACAGGAAUACUGUCCGCUCUGGACGUCCUGCGGGCUGCCUGCAGGGUCCCUAAGGGACAGAGGUGGCCAGACCGCCCAUGACCAUGAGCACUCCUCAGUGCUCCUGCAGCUGAGGCUGGGCAGGCAGCCAUGGGGCUGGGCGGGCCCCCGGCCUGGAUGCUGGGCCUGCCUAUGGCUGUGGUCUAUGGCUCCCUGGCCCUCUUCAUCUCUGUCCUGCACAAUGUGUUCCUGCUUUACUAUGUGGACACCUUUGUCUCAGUGUACAAGAUCAACAAGGCUGCCUUCUGGGUCGGAGAGACGGUGUUUCUUCUUUGGAACAGCCUCAACGACCCCCUCUUCGGCUGGCUGAGUGACCGUCAGUUCCUCAGCUCCCAGCCCCGGUCGGGUGCUGGGCUCUCCUCAAGGGCUGUGGUGCUGGCACGGGUGCAGGCACUGAGCUGGCAUGGGCCGCUGCUGGCACUGGCGUUCCUGGCAUUCUGGGUGACCUGGGCCCCAGCUGGCCUGCAAUUCCUGCUGUGCCUGUGCCUCUAUGAUGGCUUCCUGACCCUCGUGGAUUUGCACCACCACGCCUUGCUGGCUGACCUGGCCCUCUCAGCCCAUGACCGCACCCACCUCAACUUCUACUGCUCCCUCUUCAGUGCGGCUGGCUCCCUCUCUGUUUUUGCCUCUUACGCCUUCUGGAACAAGGAGGACUUCUCUUCCUUCCGUGCUUUCUGUGUGGCCCUGGCCGCUGGCUCUGGGCUGGGCUUUGUGGGGGCCACACAGCUGCUGAGGCGGCAGGUUGAGGCAGUCGGCAGGGAGCCGGAGUGCCCAGCCCUGGCUGUGGAUGGCGGCAUAUGUGGAGAGGAGCUGCUUGUGGGUGGCAAGGAGCCAGGCAGCAUCACCUUGGGUCAGUACCUGCGGCAGCUGGCACAGCACCGGAACUUCCUGUGGUUCGUGGGCAUGGACCUGGUGCAGGUGUUUCACUGCCACUUCAACAGCAACUUCUUCCCCCUCUUCCUGGAGCACCUGUUGUCAGACCACAUCUCCCUCUCCACAGGCUCCUUCCUGUUGGGCAUCUCCUAUGUCGCUCCCCAUCUCAACAACCUCUACUUCCUUUCCCUGUGCCGCCACUGGGGCGUCUACGCGGUGGUGCAGGGGCUGUUCCUGCUCAAGCUGGGCCUGAGCCUGCUCAUGCUGUUGGCUGGGCCCGACCACCAUGGCCUGCUCUGCCUCUUCAUUGCCAGCAACCGUGUCUUCACUGAGGGUACCUGUAAGCUGCUGACCUUGGUGGUCACUGACCUGGUGGAUGAGGACAUGGUACUGAACCACCGCAAGCAGGCAGCCUCAGCACUUCUGUUUGGCAUGGUGGCCCUGGUGACCAAGCCAGGCCAGACAUUUGCCCCCCUGCUGGGCACCUGGCUGCUGUGCUUCUACACAGGUCAUGAUCUCUUCCAGCAGCCCCCACUGGCCCCUGUGGGGAGUGCCCAGCCCUGGCCAGAGCCCCCGGCCCCACCCCCAGCGCAGGCCCCAACACUCCGCCAGGGCUGCUUCUACCUGCUGGUGCUGGUGCCCAUCAUCUGUGCUCUGCUGCAGCUGUUCACCUGGUCCCAGUUCACGCUGCACGGGAGGCGCCUGCACGCGGUCAAAGCCCAGCGCCAGAACCUGUCACGGGCCCAAACCCUGGACGUUAAGACAGUGUGAAAGGUGCAGUCUGGAGGACAGAUGGCAGAGUGGGAGCUUCUGUGGCUGAGCCAGGAGUACCACUGAGGUCUCAGUUCCUGUUUCUCCAACCCAGCUAGGGCAAGGGCUGGGCCAUACAUGCUCAGGGACCUGCUUCCUCCUAUGGGGCAGGAGGAAGAGGAUCAGAAAGGGAGGGGUCACAUGGGUUGCUGCGUGGCACAGAGGCCUAUCCCACUAUCUGGGUGGGGCUGGUGCUCUGUGCAGGCUUAGGAACCAUUUCACCCAAUCAGGGAAAGCUGUGAGUCCCACCUGCCCUCUCCCUCUAUCCUUCCAGUGGUUUCUGAGUCCUCUGCUUCAGCUGUGCCUGAGGUAGCAUGUCCCCGCUGCUGCAGGGCUCCCCCAUCCCCACCCAGCCUCAAAAGAUGUUUGUUUCAUCAGACUGAUUAAAGUCAGUCAUUUCUACUCCCA